UUUUAGGUGUGUACGCGAUUGUAGGAUUAUUUGCGCAACCGCAGUUUUAUGGAAAAUUCACAAGCGCAUUUGUUACAUCGCAUAUUGACUGUAUCUUAGUUUUCUCCUCCUUCUUGGCCAUUCACCAUCUUCCAAAGUCAACCACUGGUUUUUCAUUGAUUUUCCCCCAAAAGUGCGUGCACCAAAGUGUCUCUGGAAGGAAGUGCACAGUGACGAUGGAUUUCUAAUUGAACCUUGGCAUUUAAUGUGAUUUUGGGGUGAUAAAGUGCAAAAAUACGCCGGUCUCUGCAGACUAAUGCGAAGCUGUGUUUGUCUCAUUUUCACUAACAGUGUGGAGAAAGUGAGAUAGAGCGAGAGAUUCGACAGAAUACCAGAGGUUCGAUUCCACUUCUGAGACAACGUGAGACGACUCGUGUGUUUGUGUGCUUUCGCCUGAGCUUCGAGAGUGUGUCACGAGAGUCUGUGGGUGCCGUGUUUCCAGUUGUAAGUGGUACACAUUGUCGGACAGAGGCUCGAUGCUUCACGCGCGUGAGUGUCGCAAUGACGUGAGAGCGCAGUACAAGUGGAAAUCCUUGAGCGAGUGAAUUAUCGGUGAAAGUGACUGAGAGAGAGAGUAGAAGAGAGGUUUCCCACAGAAGCCACUCAUAACAGGAUUAAGUGAUUCUUUGAAGAGGAUAAACGCCAACGCACAGGACUCUGCUGAGGCGCAUCAAUUCUCACGAGGACUCUGCUGUGCUGCAGCAUGCUUCACUGUCUCACCGCGGGUGAUAAUUGCACACGUGGCGCCAGGUGAAGUGGUGGCAAGUGGAAAAGUGGAUUGCCGUGUGAUCAGUGACUGUGGAAAAUGGUGGAAUCAGGAAUGAGAAACAAUCCCGCCACGUCGACCGGUUCGCGCUGUGGCGUCCUGGAGACUCGUGUGCGCGGCGCUUGGUAUCGCGUCAUGGUGACACUGGAAGCCGAUUAUCUCUCCGUGAGUCUCGACGAGUCCUGCGAUCCUGUCGACCACUCAACGACCCUCAAUGGAACUCUUGGGAGCAAUCACAGUGGAAACAAUGAGUCCGGUGGCUCUUUGCCGUCAUCCGCUGGACCAUCACUCAAUUCGGACGAUCUCAACAGUGGUGAACAUUUGCUGAACAACAACAAUCCGCUGGAGAAUGGCGUGGCGGAAGUGUGCGAUGUACCUGAUCAUGUGGCGAAUCAAAAGCGACACGUGCGUGUGAUAAAAUCGGACAACAAUGGGCUGGGAAUUUCAAUAAAGGGCGGCCGAGAGAACCGCAUGCCGAUUCUCAUAUCGAAGAUUUUCCGUGGCAUGGCGGCCGAUAAUGCCAAGGGACUCUACGUGGGCGACGCUAUUCUGUCGGUGAACGGAGAGGAAUUGCGAGAUGCCACACACGAUGAAGCUGUCAGGGCGCUCAAGAGGGCGGGCAGAGUCGUCGAUCUUGAAGUGAAAUUUCUGCGAGAAGUCACGCCGUAUUUUCGCAAGGCCAGCAUAAUUUCGGAAGUGGGAUGGGAACUGCAGCGAGCCUUUCUCUGUCCACUCGGACCGGGAGCCACAUCCUCGCCGCCGGCGCCAAGAAGUCCUCCACGAGCUGACACACGAUACAUCCCUCUGCAGCUGACACACUUGGCCAGGAACCUCAAGCAUCCCGAUCCAGAGAAUCGAUGCAUAGAACUCCACUCACCGGAUGGCAUCCAUUCCUGCGUUCUGCGCGCUGCGGAUUCCCAAGAGGCACUCGCCUGGUUCAAUGCUCUGCACUCGACAAUGUCCAGGAGCACCCAGUGCGCCCUUCUGGAGGCCAACCGAUCGCUCACCAGCAUUCUCGGGGAGCUGAAGUACAUUGGAUGGCUCAGCAGAAGGAUAGGUUGUGAACAGAAUGGCCGGUCGAGUUCAGAGAGCUCAGAUGACACAGAUAGAUGGCAGCCAGUGUUUGUCGCAGUCACGGAUCGGGAGCUUAGAAUAUACGAAAGCGCUCCGUGGAGUGUUGAGGCCUGGAGUCGUCCGCUGGAAUGCUGCUCCCUCGCGUCUACACGCCUGGCCGGUGCCGGAAGCUCAUCGUCGGUGAAUUCAAAUAAUGCGGCCCACCAGAGCACCGUGUUCUGCGUGAGAUGCGGCACCACCAGAGGCGUCAUCAGUCACUGGCUGCGCGCCGAGACGCAUCGCGACAUGGCGGCCUGGGCGCGAGCUCUCGUUCAGGGCAGUCACUACGCCGUUAGCUACCAGCGGGAGUUCUCAUUCCGGUGCCUCUAUCAGAGUCGUCCGUGCCAAUUGAUUGUCCAUCUCGAUCGGGGAUUUUCCCUCCUCGAGGGUGGAAUUGGGCCAUCAGGCAAAGCCAUUUGGUGUCAUCCGUUCGACCGACUGAAAGGCAGUGCCGACGAUGGAGUUCGUUGCCUCUUUCUGGACUUUGGCACUGAAGAUGGCGAAAUCGAAUUGGACAUGGAAUGCUGCCCAAAACCCGUGGUCUUCGUUCUUCACAACUGUCUCUCAGCUAAAGUUCAUUCUCUGGCGUAACUCGCUCGACUUCACCUGGGGAAUUUUCCCAUUCAGUAAAUUCUUAAAGCUCUGUCAACUAUAAAACGAGAGCGCCACAUUAGAGAGGAGGACUUUUCAGUGCGCUUAUUCGCGUGCAAUUUGGAAAAUGUUCCACCAACUUGGAGAGAGCGUCUCUUGGAUGCGAAAGGAGUUGUGAAAGCAUUGCGAGAUUCAUCAUGACUUUUGACAGACAGAUAAGGACGAUUACAGUCCGGAAUUCUCGAUAUUUUUGUACAAAGAAGCAGACAAGUAAAAUUGAGUGCUUUCUUCCAUGAAGGAAGGAAUUCGAUUGAUGUCCAAAAGGCUUUUCUCCCAAUAAAAGAAAGAUGUAUAAUAUUGAGUUUGGUUUUUGAUGCGCACAAAUUUUGUUACGAAACUCUUUGAUUUGCAGACGAUGAGAUCAGUUGACAUUGCGCAAAUGGACUAUCAAAGUCGAGUAAUUGUGAUAAAGUAAUUUAAAUUUAAACAAUAACGCAUGAUUUUCAUUUCCAUAGAUGCAUAAGUAAUAACCCGAAAGAGGAAGAGAGAAAGAGUGAGAGUUUUCUGGGGGCUUUCUAAUAAAGUCAUAUCUCUUAGAAGUAUAAAAUCAUAGCCAAAAUGUGAAGGAGUGCGAGUCGUUUGGCCCCCAGAGAGAGAGAGAGUGAAAUCAAGACUUUGCUCAUUGCAAGUGACAAAUGUGACGAGAGUAAUAUCAAAUUUGCUGUGGAUGAAGAGGAGAUGAAACAAUUUUUAGCAUAUUCAAGAGACAAUGUAGUUGAUAGAACUUUCACAGAACCUUUUCUAAUAAUUGACAAACCUCUUAGAAGGCAUGCCGAGGUGCACAAUUGCGCGAACUGUAAUUUAUAAUUAAUGGCAUUCGUGCGCUGUGUCGGCAUUCCCAUCCAAAUGGUAAUAUCAUCAAUAAUCUUCAUAUCUAUUAAGUGAGAUUAUGUGAGACAUAUUAUAAAUCAAACUUUAGCAUCUUAGACUCAAUAAUCAACUCUCAACAUAUAGAGAUUGAUCUUAGGAUUCUAUUUAUAGGGUGAGAAAGGGAGGAAAAGAAAACUAAUAAUGCAAUUUUACGAGAAAAAAAAAAACAUAAAUGAAUUAUCAUUGUAGACUAAAAUAUACAUACAAUUUGAGUUUCUAUUUACAAACAUAAUGAAAUGAUGAUAAUGAUCUUGUAGCAGAAAAAAGACAUGAUCAUAUGCAUUAUCAGCAAAUCAAUAAGUCAUGUUUUCUAGGUAGAUCAAAUGAGGAUAAAUUCUUGUAGUCCAAAAAGUGUGAGUGUGAGAGAAAGGAGGAGCAAGAAAAAAUCUGUCAAUAUUAUUAAGUUUUAAUAAAUGUGGGAAAAGUUGCAAUAUUACAGUGGUGGAAAUGCUCAAUUUUCCCUCG